AUGCGUUAUUUAUUUUUAUUUACUAUUGUCAAAAUUUCAUUUUCAGUUCAAACAUCAUCAUCAUCUUCGGUUGGUUCAAAAACAAUUUAUUUAAAACCUUUACCUCAUGAAAAUAAUGUGUCAAAUUCCGGUGCAUUGAGUAGUAAAAAGCGACUACCAAAAGCUGAACAUUCAGCUGUGUUACCGCCUCCAUUCAAUCACAAUGUUAAUUGUUCCACAUCUUCAUCGCCUCCUUCAUCUGUACCAUUUACUAAACUUAAACAAAAUAUUGUUACUAGUCGAGUGGAAUUAUUUUCAUCUCAACCGACUACUACUACUACUGGUACUACUGGUACUAAUGUUAGUAAUCUUCAACGAAAAUUUUCUUAUACACAAGGUGAUAAGAAAAAUUUCACUGUUAAACAUUCUACUGAUUCUACAAUUCCUUCAUUAAAUCAUAAUAAUUUUAAUUAUAAGAAACAAGACAAUAGUCAGCACUCAUCAAAACAUCAUCACCCUCAACACUCUCAUCAUCAUCAUCAGCGUGAUGUGAAUCAUAGUUCAUUUCAUCGGCAUAGUGUGUUACGUAAAUCGCUGGGUGGUAUGAAUAUAUUAACUCAUCAUACAAUAACAAAUAAUACACUCAGUCAAGAUUUCUCUGAACCAGAUAAUGAACAGACAUCUAGUCGGAUCGAUAAUACUACUACCACUACUAAUAAUAAUAAAUUUAUUGAUCGCCUGUCCCCAUCAUCACCGUCAGCAUCAUCAUCAGUCGCCUCAAUAUCAUCAUCAUCAUCAUCUUUAAUUCUAAAUAAGAAUAAUGGCAGUAUUCAAUCUGUACAAAAGUUGAAUCCUACUGAUAAACAAUUGAAAACAUUACAUCUAGUCAAUAUACCAUUAUGGGAUAAUUUGAAUUAUGAAUUGAAACCUUACUUCGCUAUGAUGAAUAAUUAUAGUAGUAAAACAAAAUUUGAAGGAUUUCAAUUAGUUGAAAAAAUUUUACCAUCUAAACAUUGUUUACCUCGUGUACAUACAAAUUAUGAUGUACCAUUUCAAUUGGAUGAUAUAAUUGUCAGUGUAAAUCAUAAGAAAUUAUCAACAAUGUCUGAAACUGAAGCAUUACAGUAUGUGCAUAAUGCCCUUAAAACUGCCCAACAUCAUACUAUUGAUGUGGAUAUUUUAAGAUCUACCCAACCUAAACAACAACCGUUGAUUGCUCGUCAAAAAUCAGAUUCAACUCAUUCUAAUUCUGUCGAAGUGAAUCCACAUCAACCAAGACGACAAUGGCAACGACGUCCAGGAGGAAGUGUCGGCGCAGAAGACAGUCAUAAUAAUUAUACUGCACUAUGUGAAAGUAUACAGGAACAUCCAAUUUACAAUAAAAAUAAAAAAGAACAACAAAAAGAAGACACUAUUCUAUCAAUACGUAAUACCAAACCAAUCAAUUCAAAUCAUCAUCUAAGCCUUAUAGAUUGUCCAGAUUCACCUCAUGUAGGCCUCAAUAAUAAAUCACAUCAACUCACAGCUCAUGAUGAUGAUGACGAUGACGAUGACAAUGAGAAAAUCAAUGCCAAAAAAUUGACAUCAUCUUUAUUGAAUAGUAGUAAUCUAACUGAAAGUGGAUUUGUUACAAUACGUGGACCAAAACCAGCACGUUUAACCAUUAUCAAUAAUAAUCGAAGUAAUCAUAGUGAUGUUACUAAUGUGAUUACUACUCCCACUACUACUCCCACUACUACUCCCUCUACUCCCACUAAUACUACUACUAAUACUAAUACGAGUAGUAAUCUAUUCGAUGUGUUUGGCCCCGAUUCACAUUCAUCUCUUGACAAUAAUAAUAGUAACAAUAAAACAAGCAGUUCACCUAAACCUUCACCAGUCAAAGUUGAAAACAUUGAUAAUAAUAAUAAUAAUCAUCAUCAUCAAUCUGAUUCGCGUACACUUACUCCACUUACUGCUGGAUUAACUUCACCUUCUAUGCCAAAAAGAUCAUUAAAUUUGUCAACUAAAGAUCCGAAUGCAUUUAACACACGAACUAUUGGUCAAACAAUGCAUAUUCAAUUGAAAAAAAUGUUAAGUGCUGGUCUCGGUUUCACCCUGACCAGUCGUGAUACACAAACGCACAGUUCACAAAUAUCUGAUCCAGUAUAUGUGAAAAAAAUUCUACCAGAUGGUGCUGCUAUACAAGAUGGACGUUUAAUGGUUGGUGAUCGUUUAUUGGCAAUCGACGGAGAGGAAGUUCGUUCAUUAAAUCAAGUUUUAUCAUUAUUACGAUCAUUGACACCGGGUAAACAAGUGGAUUUAUUGAUAUCACGACAAAUUUCAUGCGAUUCAACCGAGUCAACAAUUCAAAAAUCUUUAGUACCACGUCCUUUCAUGAGUUUUACAUUUGAAUAUGAACUUCCUCCAUUGGGCACAACUAAACAAACAGAACCUCCAAUAUUGGGAAUUAAUUUUAAAUGGUCCAAUGAUAUUAUACUCUCUCCUUCAUCAUCGGCAUCAUCACCACUACAAUCUACACCGAAUUCUUCUUCAGUUCAGUAUUUACCUGUACCAGGUUUGUAUAUUGCUAGCCUCCUUCCAGAUACACUUGUAAAUUUAAACAAUCGUGUCACCGUGAAAACUGGUGAUCGUCUUGUAGCUAUCAAUGAUGAGUCGAUUGAAGGGAUGAAUGCUAAAAAUAUUGUAAAUAAACUUAAAAACAUUAUUAAACAAUGUCAUGACGAUGAGGAGCAAACUAUCACUAAACGUGGACAUAAUAAGCCAACUUCAUUCACUCUUACUGUGCAUCGAUAUAAAACUCCGCAUAAUAAUCAGUCACCAAGAACUAUUGGCAAUGCAUCUUCGGCUUCUUAUUCAUUAUUGCCACCAAGACAUAAAAAACCAGGAGAUAAUCAUGAACUCAUAGAAAAUCCUCAUUCUAAUUAUAACAAAUUAAAUCAUCCCACUACUACUACUGAUCGACAAAAUACUACUCACUCACCAUCACCAUCCUCCUUCUCAUCAUCAUUUACAUUCAAUGAUAAUCGUCGACGUUUAUUGCAUAGGUCGGAUUCAAUCUCAUCGGAAAUUGGUCUGACUCGUGGAGAUUGGUAUCGUUCCAGUUUGAAAUCAACUGCUGUUGGUCAUGAUAUGUCAGUAACAUCGAAUAAAAAUUUCCUACGUGAUGGAUUUGGACGUCGUAGUGUUUCAGAGAAACGUCAUGGACAUGCCGAUGUGUCACAGUAUACAUUUUUUCAAACUAACAUUCUUCCUAAUCGUUACAAAAUGCCAGAAGAUGUUGACAAACAAUAUUCCACUAUGCCAACAACACGUCGACUUAAAAUGCAUAAAGCUCGUUUAGCUGCAGCAGCCGCCACCACUUCUUCUGGCACUGGCGUUGCUUCUUCAUCUUCAACCACUACAGAUUUACAAUAUUUAAUGCAUCAUCAUCCUAGUCAACAACAGUCGGCCAAUAAUUCUGGUCCUUUAAAAGCAUUACAUCCAUCAGACAACGUGUUGACAUCACCAUCUCAUCAAGAAGAUCUACACGAAGUAAACAUCGAUCGUCAAUUGGAUCAACCGCCAAUUUUAAGAAGUCGAAAGCAAAAUACUAGUUUUCGUCAUGCUGUAGAUCGUUCAUUUUACCAAACUUGUACAAAUACUCCCACUACUACUACUGUUCACUCUGAUCUGUUUGAUCUGAAUACUUCUACCGCACUUUCUGCUGCUCCUCCACCUCCUAUACCACCUCAUCGUCCACGUAGUGUAAGCGGUAAUCGUGAUAAACUUGCAAAAACUACACAUCAUAAACAUUCCAAUUAUUCAUCACAACAAUCUACAUGUUCUUCUUCUUCACCGCUCUGUAAAACAACAACACCUGAUAAACAUGAACGUUCUCAAUCGAAAUCUCGUUCAGAAAUUCAUUCGAAUGAUAAAAAUCCUAAACCGUCUUCACAUUCCAUUUCAAAUAAUAAUAUUAACAAUGAUAAUCUACCUCUUGAGCCAAAACAUAAUAAAAGUGGAUUGACAAAUUUAAAAAAUCUUUUCAGAAUUGGUAAUUCAAAAACUGUCACUGAAUCAACCGAUGAACGCAUACCACAUCGUCGUCAUCAUCAUCAUCAUCGUCAUCAUCACAAUCCGUCAAAAAAACCAUCCGCCUCAUCGACGUCAUCAUCAACCCCGACACCGACAACAACAGCAACAACAGUUUUAUUUGAUAAACAAUCACGACGACUCUCUGUUCCAGAACAUCAAUUAAUGUCGAUCAGCAAUCAUAAUAAUAGCAAUAAUCAUGUAACUCCAACAAAACUGAUAGAUAAAAUUUGUGAGAAAACCAAUUAUACUACUAACAUUACUAAUACUACUUAUACCACUACUCAUACUACUACUACUACUACUACUACUACUACUACUACUACUACUACUGGUAUUCAUCCAACUGUACAAUCAAUGCUUGUUAAUCAUUCUUCUAUAGAUCGUCGAAAUCCUCAUAUACCUUAUCAUGAUUCGGCGCAUAAAAUCAUUUCAUCCAAUAUUAUAUUACAUAAUAAUCAUAGUGGUAACGAGAGUAGUAGUAGUAAUCAUUACAGAACUAUCACUGUCAAUCAUCCUUAUUGUCCACCAGCUGAUACUACGGCACCGCCUCCAUUACCACCACGUCUUAGUUAUUGUACACCAGCGAGAUUAUUGACAACUAAAUCAAAUCAUUCUAAUAUAAUUCAAUAUUGUCCAGAGAAACAAUCUACUGGGGUUGAUCAAACCAACCAACGUCAUCAUCAUCAUCAAAAGAAGAAGAAGAAUAAAAUGUCAAAAUCAAUGAACAACACAUCUUCUACUUCUUCUUCUUCGACAAUAUCCUCUCCAAUGUAUUGUUCAAUAAUGAAUGAUACUAAUUCUGUUGCUGCUACUGUUACUAUUGGUGAAUUAUUGAAUGUUGAACAACAAUCCAAUUGUUGUUUUAAUCAUCAUAACACUAGUCGAAAUCAACUCCAAAAUGAUACAAACAAUAAAACAUUGACAUCAGAUAACGACGAUACUUCACGCAGUCGUCAUCAUCAUCAUCAUCGACGUCAUCAUAAUCAUCGUGAUGGACAUCGUAAACAUUCUAAUCGACGAGAUGAUGAUAUUCGUUCGGAUGGUUCAUCAAUUCAUGGUCAGACACCUGCUAUAUACAUGAAUUCUCAAUCUAUUAUACAUAAAGAACAUCCGAAAUCUACUCCCUCUCCACAUCGUUCACGUUCAACACAUUCACGUCUAUCAUCGAAUAAAACUCGACACAAUUCUCAUAAUAAUAUAACGACAACAAAUUCAAUCGCUACAGUAAUGUCAACAAUCAACAAUUCUACGGAAUCUCCUCAUCUCUAUCAUUAUUAUCAAGCAGAAUCAUUAGUUUCUAGUCAUUCCGCUAUGUCCACACCACGUCGACAUCGUUUACCACCAUCAGAUAAUCGAAAAUCGGAAUAUCAUUUAACUAACAGAAAACUUCAAAUCACUAUGCAAGAAGCAUCAUUGAUUGCAUCGUUACCAAUUGACAAAUUGAUUAUGACUACACCGAAAAAACAUUCCAUUCGCCAUCAUCAUUAA